UAGCGCAACCGUCAUUUCUACCCCAUUUCCUCGACAAACUUCUUCACUUCUCCUUCUUCAGCAUUUCCUUUGACAUUUGCACACAGCAUUGACUUGGUAUUUGUUGUGUUCUGUUGCGUAUAGCUACUAUGGGUAAAAGAUCUCCCCUUAACUGUUUUGCCGCUGCUGACGCCAAGAAGAAUAAAGGGGGAACGUCGGCCUUGAGGACUAUCAAGAAUCCUAUCCAUGUCGAUGAUGAACCGCCACCUUCUCCCGAACGGCCACUUUCAAGGAAACGAAAGGCUGUCACCGGUGGAGAUCAGAAAGCUUCCGAUAAGGGGAAGAGUAUUGGAGGGGUGGUCGACCCGCAUGCCGAUCGCGACAUUCCGAAUGGCGUGUGGGAUGCGGCCUUUAACCUUGGCCAUAAGAUCGAGUUCAACUUUGAUUUGGCUGAGCAGAAAGUCAUGGAAAAGACUUCUGAGCAAAAAAUGGCGGAUAACUGCUUAGAAUUUGCCUGCCGGGCGGCAGUUGCUGCCUGGAACUUAGCGUAUGCCUCCAACCAAGGUAACUUGGUCACCGAGCUGGAGCGUUUAAAAACCGAACACGCUAAGUGUGAGCAAAGCCAGAAGGAAUCCGAGGAGAUGAUAGUGAAAGGCCGGGAGAUAAUGGAGAAUCUGCAGAAGGAUGGUGUUGAGAUGAAAAAGGUCAAAGACCGGCUUGCAGCUGAUCUGGAAUGUUCAAAGAGAGAGAAUGAGGAGCUGAAGAAAAGGUUGAUAACUUUGACUGGCGAGAGGGACGCCUUGCGCCAGACCAUUACUGAAAACCAGGAGUUGCAGGAUGAGAUGACUGAUGCUAUCAUCCUGGAACAUACCAGGGGCUUUAAGAAGGCGCUAAGGCAAGUGUCCUAUAUUUUGAAUGUGUGUACUGAAGGAGUCAACUUCGAAAUUCGGAAGGACGUUUACCAAGGAGAGUUGGUUCCGAUAGACGUCAUUCCUGCCGGGUCAUUUCCAGAUGACGAGCCUGUAGGGACGCCCACCGAGGCAAUGGCAACAGAGGAAGCUGCUCGAAUCGAGACACCCGAGGGGAAUUCAGGGGUUCCUGCUGUCGAGGAUGCCCCCGUCGUAGACCUUGUAUAGAAUAGAUUUAACUUAGACAUUCUGACAUUUUGUACUUACUAUUCUUAGGGUUGUUUGCUGCGUGUAUGUCGUCAUUUGGUACUUGUCGAAACUUUAUGUUCUUAUACUUGAAUGUUUAUAGGAUCGCUAUACUUGAAUGUUUAUAGGAACGCGCGUUAUUUGUAAUCAUAUGAUGAGUGCCUUUGUUGA